AUGUCUGAAGAAGAUAAUAUAAAGGAGCUGGAACCAAUUCCAAUAGGAAAUGAAGAUGACAUGGAUGAAACAAAGAAAUCAUUAGCGCAAAAAACGAGCAUAGGAAAGCCAAUUAAAAAAACUUCGGAUGAUAUCUGGAAUUCAUUAUUUGGAUUAGUUGUAUCUGUUGUUGGAGGCUCAUAUAUUGGUUUAAGUUCUCGUUCAAUGCGAGAAUCUUGGAUUUAUUGUUUUAUUUUAAUAUUCUUAUCCGUUGUUUGCUUUGUUACAACAAUUACAGCACGAAAAUUCAGUGUAAGGAAGGCCGUAUCUCCAUUUAUGAUAUAUUUUGUAAUUGGCGGCUUAACUUCUCCAAUUGCAUCUUAUCUUGGUAGCCAAUUAGUUUAA